AUGGGAACAGAACCACCCCAGACAUUCCUGGAGGAGCUGACUGAAGAAGUGGCCUUCCUCAGGGACGGCAGCACAGCAGACACACACAGUGGAGAACAGAAGGGGCUAGGAGACAAGGAGGGUCAGAGUGAAGCGACCCCCAGCACCAGUGCAGGGGAGGCAGGGCGUUCCACUCAGGGAGGAGGGGCAGACACCCCAGCUCUCACUCAGAAAGGGACUCCCUUGUUGCACCCCAAACCAUCAACCUCAGGCCUGUCUAAGAGAGAGUGGCUGGAAAGGCAGAAAGCAGUGAACACAUACAAGUGCGGUAGAAACCUGAGAGACAGACCAAGAAGAACUUCCUCAGAGGAGGUCGUCCCCAAAGAUGACCACUACCUCUACUGUGAGGACUGCAAGUCUUUCUACAUGGAGGAGUGUGAGCUUCAUGGUCCUGCCUUCUUCGUCCCUGACAUCCCUGCCCGCUUAGGAGCCCCUGACAGGGCCAGACUCACCCUGCCAUCCGGCCUGGAGGUCAGGACAUCAGGCAUCCCUGAAGCAGGACUAGGGGUGUUCAACCAAGGAAACACUGUGCCUGCAGGAGCCCACUAUGGACCUUAUGAAGGAGAGAUCACAGACAAGGACCAGGCCAUGGAGAGUGGAUACUCCUGGGUGAUCUACAAGAGCAGACACUGGGACGACUACAUCGAUGCUGGGAGAGACACUCACUCCAACUGGAUGAGGUAUGUGAACUGUGCUCGUAGUGAAGAAGAACAGAAUCUGGUGGCCUUCCAAUACAGAGGAGGGAUUCUGUACCGCUGCUGUAAGCCCAUAGCUGUUGGAGAGGAGCUGUUGGUUUGGUACGGAGAGGAGUACACCAGAGACCUGGGCAUUGUCUUCGACUACCUCUGGGACAAAAAGAGCUUUGCUAAAGAUCUCCUCUCAGGCACAUAA